AUGUCCUUCAGCAUCCGCAACACGCUCGCUCUGGGCGCCCUCUCCGCCCUCGCCGCGGCGCAAACCACGCCUCCCAAGCUCGACGCUCCCUGCGCCGAUGUAGUCAUCUUCAUGGCCCGCGGCAACGAUGCGCCGUACCACGACGGGCGGACGUUCCCCUUUGUCGAGGCCACGUGCGGCAAGUUGACGGCCGAGGGCAAGACUUGCGACUACAUGGACAUCCAGUUCGACGUCACGCUCGGCGGAGACUACUGCGCCCAGGUUGCAGAGGGCGCCCGCAACGGCAUCUCGCAGAUUACUGCGUUCCAGCAAAAGUGCCCUUGCACGCACAUUGUCGUCAAUGGCUACUCCGAGGGCGCACACGUCGUCGGUGAUGUGCUUGGUGGACCGGGUGGCUGCACGUUUGUGUCCAACGGCCUGGACAGCACUUCGCCCGCCGGCAAGGCCAUUGCUGCGGCCCUCCUCUGGGGAGACGUCAUGCACACGGCCAACCAGCCGUACAACGUUCUCGACGGCGCCAGCAAGCAGAAGAACCCGCGUUCGGCUGGUGAUCUCGCUCGUCUGAACCGCUAUGCUCCUGUGCUCCGCUCCUACUGCGCGGCUGGCGACCCAGUUUGCGCUGGUGGCAGCAUCGUGGCCGACCACCUCAACUACUUUGAGCUGUACACCGACGACGCCUCGUCGUGGGUCGUCUCCAAGAUCGCCAACACUGCGCCUCUCUGCGGCGCCUCCAGCUCGUCUUCGGUCCCUGCUCCUUCGUCCAGCGUGCCCGCUUCGUCGGCCAGCGCCUCGACCCCUCUGUACACUGCCACUGUCUCAGCCACUCCUGUAUACAGCUUGACUGCCAGCGUCUCGGGCACCCCGGUCCCUAGCCCAACCAAGGACGCAUCCUACGGCGGCGGCUACCCCGUUGGCGGCGCUCCUCAGCCAACUUCCCCCGUUGUCGUUGCUCCCCUUCCUGAGCCCAUCAAGUACGAGGCGUGUGUCCUCAAGGUGCACGUUGAGUACGCGUACAUGUAA